UCUCUCUCCUCUCUGAUGCGUGUUCUUGAUUCAUCGGCUCAGAUCAGUCACAGAGCCCACCACUAAAUAGAUUAAAGAGCAAACAAGGUCCUGUGUGGAAUUUGAUACGUCGAGAAACUGUCAAGUGUUGUGGUGUCUUUUGAGAUUUUUUGUGGUUUAAAGGAAAGUUCUGUGGGUUGUUUGGUUCUUGGAUAGAUGGCAGAAGUACAUAAUCAACUAGAGAUCAAGUUUCGGUUAACCGAUGGUUCGGAUAUCGGCCCUAUAGCAUUCCCUGAUGCUACAACUGUUUCGGCUUUGAAGGAAACUGUUAUUUCUGAAUGGCCAAGAGAGAAGGAGAAUGGACCGAGAACAGUGAAAGAGGUGAAGUUGAUCAGCGCAGGGAAGGUAUUGGAGAACAACAAGACGGUUAAAGACUACCGAAGUCCUGUCUCUAAUCUUGCAGGCGCUGUCACCACAAUGCACGUUAUCAUCCAAGCUCCGGUUGCGGAAAAAGAAAAGAAGCCAAAAGGUGACCCGAAGAUGAACAAAUGCGUCUGUUCAGUCAUGUAAGAGAGUAGCAAAAUCUCAAGAGAGAGUCAGAUUUCUGGUCCUUAAGUUUGGUCUUUCUUGUGGUUAGUAUAGAUUGUUUACUAAUACAGAUACAGAAUUAAAGAGUAUUGAACCAUUUUUUUCAUAUAAAAAGUAUAAAUCAAAGCUCUUUUCUAGCUUGUUGCAAGAUUGAAAGAGAUAAUAAAUAAUAAGGUGUAGU